GUCUCCGCCAUUGGCUUCUGUACAUUGCACCACACGUAAUCGUAGAUUUAAUCAGUCAUUAAGAAUCUUAUGUUUAGUCAUGGAUAUUACAGUGUGAAAAACAUUCAGGACACUCAAUAUGAAAUUCCUUCUAAAUUUUGCACUAACUUCGUCCAAAAGAAUAGCGUGCCUGAACGGCAAUCUCGUGCAUCACAGUCCAUGCUGGAGAAAAAUGGCGACCGAGGUGGAAAAAGCACAAACCGCUGCUCCUAGCGGUGACACUAUUUUUGGGAAGAUACUGCGUAAAGAAAUCCCAUGUAAUUUCAUUUACGAGGAUGAUAAGUGUGUUGCAUUUCAAGACAUCAACGGUCAAGCGCCAGUGCAUUUCCUGGUGAUACCACGAAAACCGAUUCCUCAACUUUCCAAGGCCGAGGACGAGGACGAAGCACUUCUGGGUCAUUUGAUGAUAGUCGCUCGCAAGGUCGCCAAGGAGCAAGGCCUCAACGACGGUUUUCGUUUGGUCAUUAACGACGGGAAACAGGGCGCACAGUCGGUCUAUCAUUUGCAUCUGCAUGUCCUCGGCGGUCGCCAGAUGCAAUGGCCACCUGGUUAACUAAAUUUUACCGCGACUGAUCAAACGUUUAUGGCGAUUGUACCAUUUUAUUCCAAAGCGUACAGGUUCUGGUUAAUAAAAUACUAAUCGAAGAUGAGACUUUGAGAAAAAUACUUUUAUUCCAAAAUAUAAAGAGUAGAAAAUCUGAAGUAUUUUGCAUCCAUUGAAAUCCGCUUACUUUUUCUCGUAUACUUCGUACACGAACUGAAUACCGUUCUCUUCUUGUACGCCUUGAGGAACAUCUGUAUCUCUGAAAACCAGUAAACAUAUUUAACACUAGGUUUACGGGCAUUUAUUGUACAGUUUAUUCUAUUAUUCCCGGGGAAGUUGAUAUUCGUUCAUUUAGAUUCUGGAAAUUGUAGAUGUAG